CCUAGGGAAUUCUUCAUCUACGGCAGUGACAAGCGGUUUCUCGCUCACUGCUCUUGCCGGAGAGCGCAUUGUCAAUACAAUAUUAUUCUCGACUGAUAUUCGCGAGCUACGCGGGGCCUCGAUUUGUCAAGUAUUAUUAGGAAUAAACACAGCCAAAAAUCGUAUCUCAAUACGAGCGCAAAAUGACGCUCACAAAUAAGAUGGAAAUCGACGAUAAAAAUAUUAAGGGCGAAGGCUUUAAGCCUUACUAUAUAACAAAAAUUGAAGAACUGCAAUUAGUCGUAGCUGAAAAAAGUCAAAACCUCCGACGUCUGCAGGCUCAGCGUAACGAGCUAAACGCAAAAGUUCGAAUGUUGCGUGAGGAAUUACAGCUUCUUCAAGAACAAGGCUCAUAUGUUGGAGAAGUUGUGAAGCCGAUGGACAAGAAGAAGGUAUUAGUCAAAGUCCAUCCAGAAGGAAAAUUUGUCGUGGAUUUAGACAAGAACAUAGAUAUAAAUGACGUGACACCAAACUCUCGUGUUGCCCUGCGAAAUGAAAGUUACACACUCCACAAAAUUUUACCUAACAAAGUUGAUCCGUUGGUUUCCCUUAUGAUGGUUGAAAAAGUUCCGGAUUCCACCUAUGAAAUGGUUGGCGGUCUUGACAAGCAAAUCAAGGAGAUCAAAGAGGUUAUUGAACUACCUGUCAAACAUCCGGAAUUAUUUGAUGCUCUGGGAAUCGCUCAGCCCAAAGGAGUGCUUCUUUACGGUCCACCAGGUACUGGAAAGACUCUAUUAGCUAGAGCAGUCGCUCAUCAUACAGAGUGCACAUUUAUUAGAGUCUCUGGUUCAGAACUGGUCCAGAAAUUCAUUGGUGAAGGUUCCCGAAUGGUUCGUGAACUUUUUGUGAUGGCUAGGGAACAUGCACCAUCCAUAAUUUUCAUGGAUGAAAUUGACUCCAUUGGUAGUUCACGAAUUGAGUCUGGAUCUGGCGGAGACAGUGAGGUCCAAAGAACAAUGUUGGAGCUUCUGAAUCAAUUGGAUGGAUUUGAAGCUACCAAAAAUAUAAAAGUUAUCAUGGCAACUAAUCGCAUUGACAUCUUGGAUCAAGCGCUACUGCGUCCUGGUCGUAUUGAUCGUAAAAUUGAAUUCCCCCCUCCAAAUGAAGAAGCUAGGCUUGAUAUUCUGAAAAUUCAUUCACGCAAAAUGAAUUUAACUCGUGGUAUAAAUCUAAGAAAAAUUGCAGAACUCAUGCCUGGUGCUUCCGGUGCAGAAGUGAAAGGUGUUUGUACUGAAGCUGGCAUGUAUGCUCUUCGAGAACGUCGUGUCCAUGUUACCCAAGAAGAUUUUGAAAUGGCUGUAGCUAAGGUAAUGCAAAAGGAUUCCGAGAAGAAUAUGUCCAUCAAGAAAUUGUGGAAGUAAAAGCUUUAAAACACUUGAUAAUCGUCAUUCAAUAAACUGAUGCUACAAGUGUACAACUCCUAUAUCUAAAAAAUGGAUAAAUUUUGAAAAAUCGCAUCUGUAUAGAAGUGUAAGUUUUAAAAUAAAAGUAUAUUCAACAUUUAA